AAUUAACACAUCAUCAUCAGUUGCUCUGCAUCUCUGAUCUUGUGAUGUCUCUGUAUAAUAUAAAAGGCAUGUUAAUCUGUCACUGCUCAGAGCUUGAAAGCUUCACAGGGUGCAGCUUCUCAUCUGGGUUCAGCUAAACAUUUUGCACAUGCACCCUCAAAUACACCCUUAACCCUUACAAAGUUGCCUAUACUUUCAAAUGCAGUUUGCUGUUGAUUACUUUAGUCUUUGCUUGCUGACUUUCUAUAGUGUUAUAUAUUAUUACUCUUUGUUUCUGUAAUUUGGUCAAUGGCAGGUACUAAUGAAAGCACCAUGAAUGCAUUUGUUUCUCAGAAUUUCAUUAAGGUGGAGCUGGAUGGAAGCAGUAUACCGAAGCUGGUAGUAGCUAUACUGACUCCUCUGUCUUCAGUUUAUGUAAAUUGUAUCAUGCUCUAUUCUCUUCAGAGUAAGAGUGUUUUUAAAGAAUCUCCACGUUACAUUCUCUUUGCCCACAUGCUUUUCAAUGAUUCUGUAAAUCUCAUUCUCACCUGUUUGUUGUCUGUCUUGGCCCUGGCCUUUUUCAAACUGGCUAAAGCUGUCUGUUCAUUUAUUCUGUUGAUGUCUAUUACAACAUUUCUCAAUGCACCUUUAAACCUGGCUGUGAUGUCACUGGAGCGUUACAUGGCCAUACGCUUUCCUCUAAGACACGCAGAAAUAGCCACUCAGAAAAGGACUUACAUUGCUAUUUGCUUUGUUUGGUUAUUUGGCUCUGCAAAUAUUUUGACUGACAUCAUUUUUGCAGCAGUGAUGGAUCCUAACUUCUUCUACAUGCAGAUGUAUUGCUCUCGUGAGCAGAUCUUCAUAAAACAAUGGCAGCUUGAUUUAUACAAUGGAUGCAACAUCUUUUACUUUGUUUCUGUAACGGUCAUCAUCAUCUUCACCUACAUCAGCAUUAUGAUCACAGCCAGGUCCAUGUCCUCCAAUAAAGACUCUGCUAAGAAAGCCCACAGGACUGUGCUGCUGCACCUCAUUCAGCUGGGCCUGUGUCUCACCUCUUUUAUAUAUGGUUCUAUAGAGAGAGCACUUUAUUUGAUGACUGGUAGUAAUAUUGCUCUCUUUACACACCUGAGAUAUCUUAAUUUUCUCAUUGUUCUGAUUGUACCGCGCUGCCUGAGCCCUCUCAUCUAUGGGCUUAGAGAUGAUGCUGUAAGACCUUUAUUCAAAUAUUAUUUCUGCUGUGGGUCUGCAAAGACUGGGCACUAACGAGAAAAAUUGUAAUGACAAGUAAUAAAACUUUCUCUUUCUACACCUG